AUGGCGGAUCUUCAUCAACAUCAGCAACCACCAAUGGCAAGAAAUCACCACGAAUCAUCACCAUCACCAUCAACAAGACAAACGGUGAGAUUCCUAACGGCAGCAACGAUCGGCAUGUCACUGCUUGUGCUCUCGGGAUUAACGCUCACCGGGACCGUGAUCGGUCUAAUCGUUGCGACGCCCUUGAUGGUUCUGUUUAGUCCUGUGCUUGUGCCUGCGGUGAUAACGCUAUGCCUUUUGACGGCGGGGUUCUUGUUUUCCGGUGGAUGUGGGGUGGCGGCAGCGACGGCUUUAUCGUGGAUCUAUAGGUACGCCACCGGAAAACAUCCCAUGGGAGCUGAUAAAGUGGAUUACGCGAGAAUGAUGAUCUCGGAGAAGGCUAAAGAGUUGGGACAUUAUGCUCAGACGCAAACUCACUAA